AUGGAUGAGAAGUACGAUGCCGUCAUUCUCGGCACCGGUGUGACUGAAUGUGUCCUCUCCGCUCUCUUGUCCGUCGAUGGCAAGAAGGUCCUCCACAUUGACCGAGGUCAAGUCUACGGUGGUGAGAUGGCUUCGCUCAACCUCACUCAGCUCUACGAAAAGUUCCGUCCAGGUGCCGAGCCUCCCAAGGACUGGGGUCGUGACCGUGACUGGGCUGUCGACCUCAUUCCUAAGCUCAUCAUGGCCAACGGUGAACUCACACAGAUGCUCGUACACACCGAUGUGACUCGAUACCUAGAAUUCAAGCAGAUCGCCGCCUCGUACGUCUACCGUGAUGGCAAGAUCGCCAAGGUGCCUGGCACCGAGAUGGAGGCUGUCCGUUCCUCCCUCAUGGGCCUGUUCGAGAAGCGCAGGGCGAAGAAGUUCUUCGAAUUCAUCCAGAACUGGCGUGACAGUGACCCAGCUACCCAUCAGACUCUCGACCUCGACUCCGACCCCAUGGUCAAGGUUUUUGAUUACUUUGGUCUCGAGCCCGGUACCAAAGACUUCAUCGGUCACUCCAUGGCCCUCCACCUCGACGACUCGUACCUCCAGCGUCCUGCUCGUGAGACCUACGACCGCAUCAUCCUCUAUACCUCGUCUCUCGCUCGCUACGGCAAGUCACCCUAUAUCUACCCGCUCUACGGUCUCGGCGAACUUCCCCAGGCUUUCGCUCGUCUCUCGGCUAUCUACGGCGGUACCUACAUGCUCGACAAGCCUGUCGACGAGAUCGUGGUCGACUCCGAAACUGGCAAGUUUGUAGGUGUCCGAAGUGGUGAGGAGACUGUCAAGGCCGACAUGGUUAUUGGUGACCCUAGCUACUUCCGGGCCGGUGUCAAUGGCAAGGACAAGGUGCGCGAGACCGGCAAGGUUGUCCGUGCCAUUUGCAUCCUCAAGCACCCCAUUCCUAACACCGACAACUCGGACUCGGUUCAGCUCAUCAUCCCUCAGAAUCAAGUCGGACGAAAGCACGACAUUUACCUCUCGGGUGUCUCGAGCGCGCAAAACAUUGCCGCCCGCGACUUCUACGUCGCCCAGGUCUCGACCAUUGUUGAAACUGACAAGCCCGAGCUUGAACUGCGACCCGGUCUUGACUUGCUCGGUCCCAUCCUCGACAAGUUUGUCUCGAUCAGCCCACUUGAGGAACCCACCGAGAGCGGUAAGGAGGACAACAUCUUCGUCACACGCUCGUACGAUGCCACUUCGCAUUUCGAGACUGUCGUCGAGGACGUUCACGACGUUUGGAAGCGCAUGACCAACGGUCAGAAGCUUGUCCUUAAGAAGCGUGACGAUGGCGAGGGCGCUCAAGUCCAGGCUUAG